AAAUUUAACAUGCGGGGAUUCUUUGCUUUUGCAAAAUAAUUUGUUAACUUUUCAACAAUUCAAACUCAAUAAAUUAAGAUAGCAAUUAGAUUGUAAAAAAUAUAAGCAUUAUUUUUAGAGUUAAUAAAUCUGUAAAUAGCUAAUUUAGAAUGUGCUCGACAUUGGCUGCCUUAAGAUUAAACAAUUUAUAUGGAUUGUACUAAUCUUCAACUCUUGCUGAUUCAGAGGGAGGUAAUAGAGUAUUUCUAUAUAGAAAUUGUGUUAGAAGCUGCAAUUUCACAAUUGUUAUCUUUAUCCCUCAAGGCCGAACUGAAUAUAAUACGAAAUUCCUGACAUUUUUAUAAUAAUAUAUAAUCAAUA